AUGGAUCCGGAUGCUGGCGAGAAAGCUUAUCAGUUUGUAAUUAUCACCGCGCUUAUUAUUGCUGCUCUGCCAUUUUUGGCAUUCAUGGCACUAACACCAACUGUAAACCAAUAUAUCACCACUGUCAAUUAUCAGCUUCAAAAUGAUUUCUUUUUCUGUGAAGAAACAGCGUUUAACUUUUACAAUUAUGUGAAUCAUUAUCGCGGAAAUCACGAUGAAGCAGAAAAUGAAAACGGCGUUGUAGAGCUUAAUACCAUCUUCGAAUAUUUGAAUUGCUCUGAAAACUUCAAGAAAUGUCAGAAAAGAUGGCUACAGUCUAGUCGGAAAGUGCGCAGUCUACCGAUUAAAAUACAGGAAGUGCCAACAGCAACAACUUUUCUCAUUAAGUACUUACCAUCAUCAUUAUCGGAUACAGUCAAAUCGGAACAAGUAACCGCACAAAAUAUCGGCCAAUCAAACGAGGCGACAAUGGCAGAAAUUGAUUUUAAACAGUCUAUUAUUAGUAAAUUGGCAGUGACAUAUUCACCUGUGACACAAACCAUGCAAUAUAGAACGACCAGAACAAGUAAUCAGGAAUGCAGGUGCUCUGCUUUACCUGGACCCAAAGGCACUCCUGGCCGAAAAGGACUUAAAGGCGCUCCAGGUGCACAGGGAGCUCCCGGAUUUCCUGCACGUAUGCCUUGCGAACCACCAGUUGACUUGAAAAAGAUAUGUGCUGACCCAUGUCCAGUUGGUAAACAGGGGAAACAAGGACUAACAGGUUUACCGGGGGAUAAAGGUGCAACAGGAAUCCCUGGUAUCCACGGCAAAAAUGGUGAGGAUGGAAAAAUCGGUCCUCCGGGGCCGAGAGGUCCACCAGGAAUUCCAGGAUUAGACGGAGAUGUAGGUGAGCCAGGGAUUGAUGCAACGCCGACUCCGUUUAUUCCAGGACCUUCCGGCCCAAGCGGUGAAAUUGGGAUGGUUGGACCACCUGGACCGCGUGGGAUGCCUGGAAUUGAUGGACCACCAGGACCAGCAGGUAAACGUGGACCUCCAGGUGAAGAUGGACUACCCGGAAAUCAAGGGUCUCCCGGAUUACCGGGACCAAUUGGGAAAGUUGGUCCAGAUGGAAACAUUGGAGUUUGUCCAACAUAUUGUGCAACGGAUGGCGGUGUGUUCUUUGUCAGACCUCCGGAAUGGUUCGAAGAUUGA